CAUUGAGUCUCUACAGGGGAAUCGUGCCUUUCCCUUUAGUGUUCCUUCUGUCUUCUUUCUACCUUGUAUUCCACUUUUACUCAGAAUUUCCAUGAAGCCCUAGCCUUUUUGGCUUUCUUUCAAGCUGCAUAUUCUUACCUUUGGUCUGUAUGAGCUAUAUCAUAUAAAGCUGUUUCAUGACCGCUGCCUCUGUUCUUUUUCAGCAAGAUAUUGUGACAGGGACUGUCACUGAUAGACGAGCCAUGCUUGGUACUUUUCUGUGUGUUUAAGAGUGUGUGCGUGUGUUGAGGCCUGGACUGGGAAGGUCUAGCUCUAACCUGCUGCUAUUAAUAUCGCCUAACGAACAUAAUCUGGAGGAUAGGUUAUCCUCUUACAUUUGUUGGCUAGUCUACCAGGGGGAGGGCUGGACAUGCAAAGAGGGCGAGCCCGUAGCAGUUUCGUUUCCAAACUUACUGGUCACCGUUGAUAGUUCUUUAUCUCUCCCUCUCUCUCUCCCGCUCUCUCGCUCAUUGGUGCUUAAUUGACAGAAUAGAAACCAAAACAUAGUUGAGUUAUGUUUCUUCUCUCUCUCCUCCCCUCUUUCAUGACUAAAUAGUUGUACUAGUCGAGAAGGGGUAGAACGUGCCUGAGUAUGUGUACAUGAUGUGUGCUUACUUGCAAUAAUAAUAGUUUAAAUAAAGUCUACAGUGGAAAGCCGGUUGUAUCAAGUUAUGAACACUCUACCAGCCUAUUCAGGAGCUAGAAUAUCUGCCUGUUGGAACCUCAGUGAGACGAGGAAUCACAAAGUUAGACACAGAGCUGUGACAGAGAUUCAAUAGGAUUAAGAGUUGCGGUUUUGGGUUCACUGUCGGGACACAUCGAGGGAGAGAGACAUUUGGUAUUCCAAUCAUCCCGCUCCUACUCUUAAGAAUGGACCAGAUCACCCGCUUAAUGCACGGCGGUGGCGGCGAAGGCUCUGGUCUGGACCGGCUACUCCCCACGGUGAGCACCGGCCUGUCGCCGAGGAAGCGGACCACCAGCCAAUGCAAGUCGGAGCCCCCUCUCCUGCGCACAUCCAAGCGGACCAUAUACACCGCGGGCCGCCCGCCCUGGUACAACGAGCACGGUGCCCAGUCCAAGGAGGCCUUCGUCAUCGGUCUGUGUGGAGGAAGCGCAUCAGGGAAGACCACAGUGGCCAGGAAGAUUAUCGAGGCCCUUGAUGUCCCUUGGGUUGUCCUACUGUCCAUGGACUCCUUCUACAAGGUCCUGUCCAAAGAUGAGCAGAACCUGGCUGCCGAUAACAACUACAACUUUGAUCACCCAGACGCCUUUGACUUUGACCUGCUGACACACACGCUGCGCAAACUCAAACUGGGCAAGAGUGUGAAAAUCCCUGUGUACGACUUUACGACUCACGGGCGACAGAAGGAGUGGAAAACGGUGUAUGGCGCGAGCGUUGUCAUCUUCGAGGGGAUCAUGUCCUUUGCAGAUAAAGAACUGCUGCAGCUGCUGGACAUGAAGAUCUUUGUGGACACGGACUCGGACAUCCGCCUGGUGCGCCGGCUGCGGAGGGACAUCACGGAGCGGGGCCGCGACAUCGGGGGCGUCAUCAAGCAGUACAACAAGUAUGUGAAGCCCGCCUUCGACCAGUACAUCGAGCCCACCAUGCGUUUGGCAGACAUCGUCGUACCGCGAGGUGGUGGCAACAUGGUGGCCAUUGACUUGAUUGUGCAGCAUGUCCACAGCCAACUGGAAGAGACCACUCUCUCGCUCUCCUCUCCAAACCACCAACCCCCAACCCUGCCAUCGCUCACAGCGAGAGCUCAGCGUCAGAGGAAACUACGCUGGGAUAUGGCAGCUCUGGCCUCGGCCCACCAGGCCCAGCCCCUCCCGCAGACCCUCAGUGUCCUGGAGAGCACCCCCCAGGUCCGGGGGAUGCACACCAUCAUCAGAAACAAGGAGACCAGCCGUGACGAGUUCAUCUUCUACUCAAAGAGGUUGAUGCGGUUGCUGAUCGAGCGGGCGCUGUCCUUCCUCCCCUCUCAGUCCCACACCGUCCAGACGCCCCAGGGAGAGGACUACGAGGGCAGGUCCUUCGACGGAAAGAGGGUGACGGGCGUGUCCAUCCUGCGGGCCGGGGAAACCAUGGAGCCGGCCCUGAGGGCGGUCUGCAAGGACGUCCGCAUCGGCAAGAUCCUCAUCCAGACCAACCAGGACACGGGGGAGCCAGAGCUCCACUACCUGCGGCUGCCCAGGGAGAUUGGGGAGGACCACGUGAUCCUGAUGGACUGCACCGUCUCCACGGGCGCUGCCGCCAUGAUGGCCGUCAGAGUUCUGCUGGACCAUGACGUCCAGGAGGAUAAGAUCCUGCUGGUGUCCCUGCUCAUGGCGGAGAUGGGAGUCCACUCCGUGGCCUACGCCUUCCCCCAGGUCCAGAUCAUCACCACAGCGGUGGACAAGGAGGUCAACGAUCUGUUCCACAUCAUCCCCGGCAUCGGUAACUUUGGGGAUAGAUAUUUCGGUACCGACGCGCCCCCGGAUUGGAGCGACGACGAGAUGGAUGAGCCCAGUUACUGAUUGUCUGGCAGUGAGAGCACCGGCUGACUCACUGUCUGGAAUGGCACUGAGCGACUGUCUGCCAGUGAACUACUGUAACCUGCCCCGGUGAUUCAGCAAGAUGACGUUUUGAGGACAAUGUUUCAAAAAAAUCCCAUAGUGGCCGCACUGGGCGGUAACAUGAAUCCUUUGCUGUCAGGGGCCAAUACUGACAAGGUGAUCUUCAUACGAGUGCCCCAGAAACGGUUGUAGACACAAAGAAGGUUUCAGAAUGUAUAUUAUUUUGUAUUGAGAUUUGUUUAAAUCUUUGUUUAUUUGUAUUUUAUUUUGUGGACCGUUAAAAAGCGCUGUCUUUGUUCUAUAGAGUUACAAAGUAUGUGCACCUGUUGCCAAAUGUAUUCUUUGCAAAAUGUCAUUUUAUUAUCUAAAUUAGUAAAAUUAUUUUAAAGGGGGUAUCAAGCUUUAAGUCGUGCAGUAUGGAAGGAUACACUUGCAUGCACUAUCAAAAACACAGCCAUGUGUGGGCUAAAGACUUGCUGUUUUCUUGGCUACAUGCAAUCCUCAGACUGUUCAACAAUGUGUAGGUGCAUCUGCUCGUUUUUUUUUUACCUGCUUUUUUCUCUUCAAUGUGCACAUACAUUCUUCAUAGAGGUCAAGCCUGUUUUUGGCCAUUUGUUUUUUUUAUGCCGUGACUUGGCUAUUGCUCUAGUAUUCACUUAGCAGUGUUCAUUUGUCCACUUCCAUUUUUAAUCUAUGGAUCUGGUCUGGUCCUGUCAGCAUGGUCAUAUAUCAGUAGGUGAGUAGGGAAUUGGCAUUUUCAACAGAAAAGCAACCACACACAUGAUUGAUACCGCUUUAUCCAAUUUGUUUGACCUGAUUUAUCAUAAUUCAACUGAAUUGUAUAAAGUACAGAGAAGUGAAGAGAAGUGCUUGGGUAGUUAAAAUUAUUUUUAAAUUGCCAGGGCCUGAAAUGCCUUUGAAUUACAAACGGUAUGACUUGAAUUAUUAAUUGGUUCCAAAAAUCCCUCAAGUGCUAUAACGUAAUGUGGUGAGGAUAAUGAUUUCACUGUGACAGUGAAGAACCCUAAUUAAAAAAAAAAUUGUGACGAUGGCAAUGCAUAACCAAAGCAGAUUGAAAGGUGAGAUAAUAUGUAUAGAUGCAUGCUUCUCAGCAGAUAUUCUUGUGAUGGCUCGGUUAGGUGGCUCCUCGGUUAUGCAAAUUGGUUUUAACACGUUACCUAUACGUUAACUAUAGUUGCUUAAAUAAGGGUAACUUGUAUUAUUGUUAUCAUUAUUAUGUUAAUAUGAUUUUCUGAAGAUGUUUGCUUUGUGCUGCUUACUGUAGUGUAUAGUCUACUUCAGAUAACUGCAAUAUGUUUAUUUAUCGAGAGAGAGUUUAGUUUGUUCCUUCAUUUUUAAGAUAAAUAAAGAAACCCCUAUUGUAUUUAUAUUUUAAUCAUUUUGAAAAAUCGAAGCUUCAUGUAUUAAUAUAUUGUUUUGAAAUUCCAGUUAAUGCUCAAUAAAACAAUCACUUCUUUA